AUGGCCAAGGUGAUACCAAAAAUGAUUGCAAAGCUGAUGCAAAUGCCGAUUCAUUAUGCGGCUAAAUGUUUGGCAACGUUUCCCAAACAAGUGACUAAUGUCCUGGCUUACGGUGCUUCAAAAACAAAUAAGGCCUACUGUUCCACUAAGCGCCGUAAGGACUCGUUUAAAGCCAUAGGAAAGUGUGGUAACAAAUUGAAACCCCUGGCCGAUAAGUGCAUGCGCCAGUUCAUCGAUAACCUACAGGGCAUUGAAAAUUACCAGGAUGCUAAAAUGAAAAUACCUAUAUCAUGC